AUGGCGUCCGAGACCAGCGAUCUCCGCAGCGGCUCCAAGGAGCAUCGACGAGAUAAGGAACGCAAGGUGAAAUGGGCCUACGGAACCUCCUUCGGCCCAGGACGCCGCGCUGAGGACAACCGUCCUCGACCAGCACGUAUCGAUCCUGUCUGGAGGAAGCACAAUGGGCUUCCCAAAGGCGAGCAGAAAGUCCGAGCCGUCCUGAACAACGAUAUCCACACCGCUAGCGGCGAGUCCUCUGCCGACGAAGACAUCGAGGAGCCGUCGGCUGCCCCUGCGCCCGAUGCAGAGAUCACAUACUCGUACGACGCUGAGAGGGGGCCCAGCCACGGCAGCCAGGUCCUCGGCCUUGCCCUUGCAAAGGCGAUUGAACGAUACGAGGUUCGCCAGACAGACAAGUUGAUCAAGGAGGAGUACGAGGUGUUGGACGCUACCAGCGAGGCCCUCGCCGGACCCCGGACGGUGAAGAGGCCUGAGGAUGAGGACUACGAGUUCGUCGAAGCUUGA